AGUUGCUUUGUGGAGAAAUAGAGUUGUCCGUCAGUGCAGCUCUGCAGCUCUAUGGCUCACACACAGCCUCGUUGUUAGGUUUUGUUUACACAAGGCGCGUAUGAUACUGCAUGGAGUCCCAAUUUUCGAACAAAGGCACUGUUUUUUUUUGUUUUUUUAUGCUAGAGAUGUCUAUCGAUUGUUCCUGGCUGCUGAACACCUCAAUGCGCACAUUGUAAGGCUUGCACCGUCAAGCUUGCACCGUCCAUGAUGCCCUAGCUAUUGAUUGACUACAGCGCACUGUGGUAACCAAUACACACAUGCGCGCCACAAAAAACCAAAUAAAAGAGGACAUGUCCAGCCUGGAUGUUUACAGACGGUCCACAGAAUAUCAUCCUCACCCAUCCAGAAAAACAGAUCCACCACUCACCAGAAAUGCCAAUAUGCCAACGUGCUAUACAACUUCAAUGCCCAUCUCAAAUCCUUAUUUGCGAAUGACUCUCCCCGCACACACUCAAGCAACUCUACAUAUGCGGACGGACCAAAAGCAGGCAGCUGUACCUUGGACUCAUGCCUUCUGUCAUCGUCAGGACACGAGCACUAGUCGCUUGAAUUAGGAUCAAUCCCACUACGGCUUCCAACAUUAUUUUCAUUUUUUUUCAUUUUUUU